AUGCGGUUAGCUUCAAGAGCCGGCCUGAUUGCCUGCCUCUUUCUCCUCUUGUCCGUAUGCUUACCAGCGGUCUUUGCCGGCGCAGACUAUUACCGCAUACUGGGCAUUGAACGGGCCGCUUCAAAGAGGGAUAUCAAGAAAGCGUAUAGGGACAAGUCCAAAAAGUAUCACCCGGACAAGAACCCGGGAGAUAAAGUUGCGGAGGACAAGUUUGUUGAGCUGUCACAAGCCUACGAAGUGCUGAGUGAUGAUGAGAAGCGUAGGAUCUACGACCAAUACGGAGAGGAAGGUCUGAAGAACAGCGGGGGAAAUCAAUUCCAUAAUCCUUUCGAUAUCUUUGCGCAGUUCGGCGGUUUCGGUGGAGGAUUUGGUGGAUUCGGCGGACAUCAUCAUGCUCAGCGGCCUAAAGGUCCCGAAGUCAACAUGGACCUUGCGGUCUCUUUAGAGGAGCUCUUCCUUGGAAAAUCUUUGGAGAUCGAAAUCAAUAAGCAAGUCAUCUGCCCAACGUGUCGAGGCAGCGGAGCAAAGAAUGCAAAUGACGUGACGAAUUGUCACUCGUGCGGUGGAUCUGGAGUGAAGAUCGUCAGACAAAUGCUUGGCCCAGGAAUGUAUACGCAGAUGCAGACACACUGUGAAGUAUGUCAAGGCAAAGGCAAAGUCAUCAAACACAAGUGUCCAGCCUGCGCAGGCGCCAAAGUGAAACGCGGGUCCCACCAGCUCUCCGUCGCUAUCGAGCGUGGCAUGUCGGACGGUCAGCGCAUCGUUAUGGAACAGGAGUCCGACGAGUCACCCGACAUCACACCCGGAGAUCUUGUCUUCACCAUCCGAUCCAUUCCACACCCGAUUUUCACUCGGAAGGGCGACAACCUGUAUCUGAAGGAAACGAUAUCUCUCCACGAAGCCCUACUCGGCUUCACAAGAAAGGUGCCUCACUUGGAUGGAAAUGUCAUUACCAUCGAGAGGGAGGGUGUAACGCAACCCGGUUUUGUCCAAACCGUCAAGGGACAAGGCAUGCCCACCCACGAAUUCCCUAGCGAGCGUGGGGUUUUGUUCGUGGAAUAUGCUGUGGUAUUACCGGACAAGCUUUCCACGGACCAGACUGAACUGGUAAAGAAACUACUCGCAUAG